GUAAGUCACGUUGCCAUGUCCUACAAAUGCCAGCAUUGCUCCAUGUCACACACAGCCAGGGAUAGUUACACAGGGACGCACAGUACUAGGCAGCAUCACCCGAGGGCGAGCUGGGACAAACAACCUGACAUCAUCUGGCUGGAAGUGAUCAGACAGGUCCCAUCCCGGGCACACGAACAUCCUGCCUGGGCCAGAGGCACAUGUAACGCCACAAUUUGGGUCUGGCUCGGAGCUGCUCUGUUCCCUAGAGUAAUCAGGUCAGUAAGAAGAGAGGACAGGCCCUCAGCCACAGAACAGCGGACAAGCCAUACCGAAAUUGAUCCACCCUUAGGAAUCUCAGUUGCUCUACAGACUGACACAAGUUGGCUUCAUGAGCAUAGCCUCCAGAAAUCUGUGGUUCAGACUUCAGAAAGUGUCAGUCCUCCCACUACAGACCUUCCUGCCAUGACUGAACAAGAGGAAGAUUUGUACUCAUCUUUAUCAGAAGACCUCAGUGAGCUAAGCAUUCUAUGUGACAUGGAGUUCUCCUCUGAUUACAAGACAUAUUUUCAGCAACAUUUAAAAACUUUGACAAGUGUUGGGCCGCCCACUAUCAUGGCAUACAAAAGAGAAUCCUCUGAAAACGAUCGGCUGCUGGCAAUAAUGCAGAUCCUAAAGGACCAGUCUGUGAAGGAACUGUGUGAAUUCUGCGGAAAACCAUUAAAGCCAUUUCCUUUAGAAUAUACCACAGAAAAGGAACGCUCUGAAGAGAUGUUUUGCUGCAGGCAAUUUAAGAACAAGUUCCAGUAUCUUUUCAAAGAACAAAAGCAACUGUUAAAAAAAGAGAAAGUGGAGAUGAUAUCUAUUGCCCCUCAUCAGCCUUUCGGGAGUGAUGUUGAGCGACAAAAAGCAAAAGAGAAGACUGCACAAAGGCUAAGAGAACGGCACAUGGCGAAUGUCUUCCACACAGUGAUCACCGAGCCAGAGGCUGUUACUGAAUAUGGAAAGCCAAUGAAAACCAUUUCUUACCAGCUUUCUGGUGCCCCGCCAGUAGGAGACAACUGGACGAUUGCUCCAGAACAUCCAGAUUCCAUAGAUGGUGCUGAUACAUUAGACAAUGAGCUUUCGCUCUAUGACUUUACAAAUGAAAUGAUCAUGCCGGAGAGAUUUGUAGAAAAAUAUUACAGAACAGGAAGGAAAUUCCUCACAAUGUUUCCAGAUGGAUCUGCACAGAUCUUCUAUCCUUCUGGAAAUCUGGCCAUUAUUGUGAUUCCAAUUAAGUUAAAAGAAUCUAUCUACAUUGUUCAAGAAGAUAAAGAGCACAGUGCAGAUAUCUUGGCAGUAUUUGCAUCUUCCGGGAAGGCUACCUGCUAUCACCCAAACAGGACUGUAUGGAUAAAUAUGAAUCCAGUGGGCGGGCAGUGCUCAGAUAGCACAGGCAGAAAAGUAAGGAGAUGGAGAUGGAAAAGCAGUGAUUCUGGAGAACCCUAUGCAGAGUUCAAACCAAUCUAUUUAUCUUUGAAUCAUCAAGUGGGUGUUAGAAUAUUUGCACAGGAUCGGAUGUAUGUAACUUUUCUGGCAAUGGGGAAACAGGCAAAAUUCCGUGUUGGAAGAAAAGAACUGACGUCGUCACAGGUGGCGGAAAUAGAAGCCGAUGUGCAGCUCCAGAAGGUAUCACCAGAUGAAAUGAUUCUGUUUGCUAUCAAGAUCAAGUUCCUAACAUUACUAAAUAAAUGUCACGGAUGUUUGGAAUUCUCAUCUAAGAAGCAGUGGGAAAGAGUCAGGCCACCAUCAUUCCUGGUGGCUCAGGCACAGAAGCUGAUCUAUCUCUGCAGUGUUGGUGACAUUAGUAUAGAUGAAUGCUCAGCAAUCAGAGAGAUCCUAGCUGAUCAUGUGACCAGUGACAUACCCAAUUAGAAAUGUAUUUAAUAUUCAUAUCAUUUAUUUUAUUACCCCAUAAAGGAAAUGUUUGAUGUCAAA